GUCUUUUGACUUCAUGCUACCAUGAGCCGGCAGGUGAAUGCCAGACCUUUGGGAGGAGGAAGGGGAUUCAGUGCUAGCUCUGCUAUCGUUUUCGGAGGGGUCAGGAGCAAUGUAUUCCCUCCAAGCCGAAGGUGCAUGGGAGGAGCAAGUGGAAACUAUGGCUUUGGCAGCAGAAGCCUUUACAAUCUUGGGGGGAUGAAAAGCAUUUCCCAGAGUGUGGUUCCAGGAAGUACCCGACGUGGAGGUGGAUUUGGUGGCAGCAGUGGGUUUUGCUAUGGUGGAUUUGCUGGUGGUGGGUUUAGCAAUGGCAACUUUGGCAAUGGAAGAAAUAGUCCCAGCUUUCUUUGUUGUCCACCGGGUGGAAUCCAAGAAGUGACCAUUAACCACAGUCUUCUGGCACCUCUCAACAUGGAAAUUGAUCCUGAGAUCCAGAAAGUGCGGAAAGAAGAAAGGGAGCAAAUCAAGAACCUUAAUGACAAAUUUGCUUCCUUUAUUGACAAGGUUCGAUUCCUGGAGCAGCAGAAUAAAGUCCUGGAGACUAAAUGGAACCUCUUGCAACAACACCCCAUCUCCCAAAUGAAGAGCAGCAUCAGACCUCUCUUUGAGAUCUACAUCAACAGCAUUCGGAAGCACCUGGACUCACUACACAAUGAAAAGGGAAGACUGAAUUCUGAGCUGAAGAACAUGCAGGACUUAGUGGAAGAUUUUAAACGCAGGUAUGAAGAAGAAAUUAACAAGCGCACAACCGCUGAGAAUGAAUUUGUAUUGCUGAAAAAGGAUGUGGAUGCUGCCUAUAUGAACAAGGUGGGCCUGGAGGCCAAGGUAGCUUCUCUCACUGAUGAACACAACUUCCUGAAAUGCCUCUAUGAUGCGGAGCUGGAGCAGAUGCGAGGACAGAUAAGUGAUACCAGCGUCAUCCUUUCCAUGGAUAACAAUCGGGACUUGGAUCUGGAUAGCAUCAUUGCAGAAGUGAAGACUCAGUAUGAAGAGAUGGCACUCAGGAGCCGAGCUGAGGUUGAUGCUAUGUAUCAGAGCAAGUUUCAGGAACUUCAGCUCACAGCUGGGAAGCAUGAUGAUGCCUUGAAGAACUCCAAGGUGGAGAUUUCUGAGCUGAGCAGACUCAUCCACAGACUGAGAGGAGAAACAGAAAAUGUAAAGAAACAGUGUGUUCAUCUUCAGUCAGCCAUUACCGAGGUUGAAGACCGUGGAGAGACUGCCAUCAAGGAUGCAAAGGAAAAACUGAUGGAUCUGGAGAAUGCCACACAGAAAUCCAAGGAAGAGCUGGCUCGACUUCUGCGUGAUUAUCAGGAACUCCUGAAUCUUAAAUUAGCCCUGGACAUUGAGAUUGCCACCUAUAGGACUCUCCUUGAAGAGGAGGAAUUCAGGAUGUCUGGAGAAUGUACCAGUGCUGUAAAUAUCUCUGUAGUCAGCAACAACACCCUGGCAGGUGGAAGUGGUCCAGCCUAUGGAGGUGUACUUGGUGUUGGAGGAGGUGGUUCAAGUUCUGGAAGUGGCAGAGGCACUGUGGGAUAUAGUUCUGGAGGAGGAGCAGCAGGAGGAGGAGGUGGCAGUGGCUCUUCUGGCCUGAAAAUCAUAUCAACUUCUACAAGCAAAAGGACAACCAUAAGAUGAGCCUUCCUAAAGAACCAGGUUGACCAUUUACCAAGCUCUAGCUAGGUCUUCUCAACACAAAAUGUGUGCUGGGAAGUAGCUUGUCCAUUGUGUGCAAAAACUCUUUUUUAAUGGCUUUGGAGAAACUCUGCUUUGUAGCAAGCAAUUUGAAUUAAAUAAAGUGCAGUUUCAUGGAAC